AUGAGCUGAGCCUGGAGGCCUGAGAAAUUGUUGACUGUACAGGCGUACCUUAUUUGAUUGCUCUGUGCAAUAUUAUGCUUCACAUAUGGAAUAUUUUACAAAUUGAAGGCAAGACCCUCCACCAGCAAAAAGACUACGACUCAUUUGAUUUCAGUAGUCUGGAACCAAGCCCUCAGUAUCUCUGAGAGACGCCAAGAACCAGAUCAGCCACCUAGACCAGAGCCCCAGGAACUAGGUCCCCUCAAUGGCGACACAGCCACAGCUGCCCAGCUCUGUGCACCCGAGGAGGCUGAGCAGCACCAGAAGGAUAUAAGCAGAAUCCUCCAGCAGCACGAAGAGGACAGGAAGAAAUGGGCACAGCAGGUGGAGAAGGAGAGGGAGCUAGAGCUUCGAGAGAAACUGGACGAGCAGCGAAGAGUCCUUGAGGGAGAGCAUGAGGCAGCCCUGCAAGUCCUCCGGGCCUCAUAUGAGCAAGAGAAAGAAGCACUUACCCACUCCUUCCAGGAGGCCAAGGCGGCCUUGCAGGAGACCAUAGAUGGGCUGACCUCACAGCUGGAGGCCUUCCAGGCCAAGAUGAAGAGGGUGGAGGAGUCCAUCCUGAGCCGAGACUAUAAGAAGCACAUCCAGGAUUACGGGAGCCCCAGUCAGUUCUGGGAGCAGGAGCUGGAGAGCUUGCAUUUCGUCAUCGAGAUGAAGAAUGAGCGUAUUCAUGAGCUGGACAAGCGGCUGAUCCUCAUGGAAACAGUGAAAGAAAAAAACCUGAUGUUGGAGGAGAAGAUCAGCACCCUCCAGCAGGAGAGUGAGGACCUCCUCGCCCGGGGCCGCAAGCAAGCAGCAGCCUCAAGGCAGCUCUCGGAGGACCUGCGUCUCGCCCACGAGGCCCUGGAGAAGGAGUCACAGUUAAGGCGACAGCUCCAGCAGGAGAGGGAGGAGCUGCUGUACCGGGUCCUUGGGGCUGACGCUGCGCCCGCCUUCCCCCUGGCCUCAGUCACCCCCACUGAGGUCUCCUUCCUGGCCACAUAGGCUCAGGCCCUGGGCAACCAUGACGCCUGUGGUCACAGCUCC